AUGGAGACUCCAAAGUCUCCUCAAUCACCUCCACCCCACACCCGCUAUCCUUCUCCUCCAGCUUCGUGUCCGGCAACAAAUGAAGCCCAACCAGAGCUUUCUGGCCUGGGUGGCCCAAAACGUACAUUCCAAUGGAGCGCGGAUCGGUUUUCUGACUACGGAGAUCAAGAUGAAGGCGCUGAAUCGCCCAGUAAUGCAAGCCCACCGGAGAAUGCGAAAAGCGCAGAUGAUGAGUCCGUCCUCAUGAAAGAGCAGACACCAGAAGCGAAUGAGAAUUCAGUGCAAAUUUCUGAGAAUGGAGAAGCUGGUUCACAGGCAGAUCCAGCGCAGCAAGGGGACGUUGUUGAGCAGAACAUCGCCAGCAUUCUCACGCUGGCAGUGGCUGAAGAUUCGGAUCUCUCCGAUCCUCCUGGUGAAGAGAGUGACGACGACUCUGACUAUGUAGAUGAAAGCGAUUCAUCUCCUCCAAAGGAUGAAGGCGAUAUGGGCCAGCAGGCAAACAGCCCUUUGGAGAAGAAGGAAAAGAUCAAGAAGCCGCGAAGAAAACACGCCACGAAUGCACGAGAAUUUGUUGCUCGUCUACACGAAGAGGAAGACAAAAAAUACGCCAAGAGAAUGCAGCGAGAAGGAAGCAAAAAGGCUGGAGCAAAUUAUUCACGCAAGCGGAAGCUCACUGGAGAUGAUACGGACCCUCGCAAGACUCUCAAGACAGCAAACGGCAGUGUACUCUCAAUAGUCAACGACGGCUCUUCGACUUCCGAUGGGAGCUCAUUGCUUUCCAUGGAGCCUAUCCAGGCAACAACUCAUGCUCAGCAAUUUGCCCAACUGACAGCUGCUCAGAUGAAAUCCCAGAUACCCCAAAAUUGUGACACCAGGCGCAAAAAUACGCAGAAUCAAGAUCUACACGAGGCUGCAAGUUUAUUUGGGUACAAAAGAGUUGAAGCCGUGAAUGGUCGCUGGAGGCUAAAAGGCAUGGAGACUGGCCUGGACAGCUACCAACUCACAGCUGUAGCCUGGAUGGUCAAGAGGGAGCUGGCUCGAGCGAAGCCAUUCGGUGGACUUCAGGCUGAUGCUCCAGGGAUGGGCAAAACAGUCAUGAGUCUGGCAUGCAUCGUGGGGAAUCAGGCAGAUGAUGAGCAUCUUGAAAAGUUUUGCAAUGCCACACUCGUUGUUGUGCCCAACAAGACAUUUGGCAAGCAGUGGGAAGAAGAAGCGCAGAUCAUACAGAAGCACUGCAAAGCGCCAGUCAAGGAUCUGGUUUUCGUUUAUGAUCCACAGGAUUCUUACCUGAUGGCCAAAUGCGAAAGAGCUUUCAUUGUCAUCGCGACAUACAGCGACGUAUUAGCCAAUUAUCCCAGUAACGGCAUCCUCGCAGAGCUCGAAGAAAAAUAUGACAGCGAUAAUAUCUCUUUCCGCCGCGAGUUUGAGGCCCAUGCUGGUGCCAUGUUCAAGAUCAAAUGGUACAGGAUCAUACUUGAUGAAGCGCAUGCCAUCAAAAAUGUCAACAGCCGCACUUCUAAAGCGUGUUGUGCACUACCAGGAAAAUAUCGCUGGGCAUUGACUGGCACACCACUGGCCAACAGUUCUGAAGAGAUGUAUCCAUAUCUUAAGUUCACAGAGUGUGAAUCGACAUGGACCAUGAAAGAAUUCAAGGCCAUGUACACCACCAAGGGUAAAUCAAAUGCCCAAUUUGAGGCGUUAACCAGCCUUUUCAUGUAUCGAAGGACACUGGAUGAUGAGUUCCUGGGAUAUAAGAUUAUCAAUCUUCCAGAAAAGAAAGAAGUUAAUCUUGAUGUUCCUUUAUCAAUAGAGGAACAGGUUAUUAUUGAGGCUGUGAGAAAUUUCUACGACAAGGCCGUUAAGAAUUUGAAACAAGGCAAACUCAAGAAAGACAAAUUGGAAGCGGCAGUAGGCAGUCUAGAUGACGUGGAGGAAACUGAGAGCAAAGGAAAGGGAAAGAAGAAGGCCAAAGACGCUCAGUCUGCGGCUCAGUCUGCGAGUUGCAGAUUAGGACAUGCCAGCCAAGUGAGAAAGCGACAAGCAAUCUCUCACUCGUUUUGCAUUGAGCGGCUUCUCCGGCGUUCGUUUGAACUGGAGGACCUAAACGUGUUGAUGGAUGCUCUUGAAAACGUGCAAUCGAAGCAAACCAUCAUCGAGCAAAUUCGCUCAAACAUUGGGGAAGAUUCCGAUAUGUUGAGAUACCAAACAGGGCUCGAAAUAUUGCAACAGCGAGAGGAACCUAUGUUUGGCAAAUACUUCGACAUGACGGAGCUACUCAAAUUGGUGAGUGCCGAGAACGCAUUGAGAAGCAGUGACUGUCUUCUCUGCCAUAAACCACCAGUGCAGCCACUUUUUGCCGACGGCUGUGGCCAUAUCUUCUGCACCAAAUGUUUAUCCAGAGCCGCCAAAGAGAAUCACAAAAUCGACAAAGCGAACUUUAAGGCAGGCAAUGAGGACCUCCAAAGCGAUAAGAAGCAUAAUUGUCCUCACAAAGGCUGCGGUAAAGAGCUUGAAACAGGAGAUGAUGUCGAGACCGUGCAAACCAAGCUCGAUUCAAAUGCCAAAAGUUAUCGUGAGCCUGGCGAAGAUUACAACAACGUCAUAAUGCGCCAAGGAGAUGACCCAAACGGCUUCUUUGUUUGCAGCACAAUCUUGGAAGACGUUCCCACUGUGCCAAGCGCAAGACUGACGGCGACAAUGGCUGUCGCUCUCACUUGGCUGCAUGAAGCGCCCGACGAUAAAAUUCUCAUUUUCACUCAGUUUAUUGGAACAGCAAAGAUCUUGGGCUAUAUGCUCAGCACCUUAGGCAUCGGAUUUGUAUAUUAUUGGGGCGGUCUCGCGGAUGGGCCGAAGAGCAAGGCUUUGGCAGCGAUAAAGGAAAACGUGGAUGUCAAAAUCAUGGUUGCUACUCUCAAGAGCGGCGGACAGUGCCUUAACCUCACAGUUGCAAACAGAGUCAUCAUAAUCGAUCCCUGGUGGAACAAAACCGCGGAGCAGCAGGCAUUCGGACGAGUGACGCGAAUGGGCCAGUUGAAGGCAACUCAUUUGGUCACACUCAAAACUGAGGAUGAAACGGAUACGCGCAUUCACAACCUCAAGAUGAAGAAAGCAGCGGAUGUCGAUUAUACGCUGCAAGACGAUGGCCAUACGCCACUGGAUGUGAGCGAGAUGGAGCUUCAAGAAGACAUUCUCCGCAAAAAGGCGGCGAUGGAAGAGAAGAAGAAUAAAGCCAAGGCUAGGGCGGCCAAGAAAAACGCGACGAAAGCUUCGUCCAAGAAAAAGAAUUGA